GAGUCCAUCCCUAGAAGAGGGUGGGGUGUUCCCGGAACUCCUGACCUCCCUUGUUUUCUCCUGGCUGUGGCAGAGCUGGUGGCUGCAGGAGAAGUGGCUUCUGGUGCUCAUCUGCUGUUUCCACGGUAACCCACCUCACCAUGAAUUGUCCCUGUGGCCUCCUCACCCUGAAGCAGGAACCAGUACCACUGAAGAGCAUCGCCGUGAGCGUCUCCAUCCUGGAGUUUGUGGCCGAUGUAGCAGCCACGCUGAACUAUGAGAAUGAGGAGACAGUUCCAGUGGAGGCUUUCUUCGUGUUCCCCAUGGAUGAGAACUCCGCUGUCUACUCCUUCGAGGCCCUGGUGGAUGGAAGGACAAUUGUGGCGGAGCUACUCGACAAGGAGAAGGCCCACAGCGACUAUGAGGACGCCCUGAGCCAGGGUCACCAGGCCUUCCUCCUGGAGGAGGAUGAGCUCUCAGGGGAUAUUUUCUGCUGCAGCGUGGGCAACCUGCCCCCGGGCUCACGCGCAGCCCUCACGCUCAAGUACGUGCGGGAGCUGGCCUUGGAGGCCGACGGGGCCCUGCGCUACGUGCUCCCGGCUGUCCUGAACCCGCGCUACCAGCUGUCAGGCUCGCCGGACAACAGCCUUCUCAGCAUGCAGUGCCCCAAAGCCCCCGAGGGGUCUCCGCCCUACACGCUCAGCCUGGCUGCCUCCAUCCGCUCCCAGCACACGAUUGACAGGAUCCAGUCUAACUGCUCUUUAAAUGCCACCAAGUACCUUGGGAAUGACAGGACUUCUGCUGAGGUUUCCCUGGCUGAUGGUCACAAGUUUGACCGAGAUGUGGAACUACUGAUCUACUACCAGGAGGUGCAUACCCCCAGUGUGACCGUGGAGAUGGGAGAUCCCAACGCCAAACCUGAUUCUCUGAUGGGAGCUCCAUCUGCAAUGGUGAGUUUCUAUCCAGAUAUCCCAGAGACUCAGACCUCAAAAGCCUGUGGAGAAUUUGUCUUCCUCAUGGACCGUUCAGGGAGCAUGGAUUGCCCUAUGAAUAAGGAUUCACCUCAGACACGCAUUGAGGCAGCCAAGGAAACAUUGAUCUUGCUGCUGAAGAGUUUACCCUUGGGGUGUUAUUUCAAUAUCCACAGAUUUGGAUCUUCCUAUGAGGCAUUCUUUCAGAACAGUGUAGAGUACACAGAGGAGACCAUGAAAGAAGCCCUGAAGAGAGUAAAGCUUUUGAAAGCCGACCUGGGGGGCACGGAGAUCCUGAACCCACUCGAGAUUAUUUACCGAGCCCCUUCUGUCCCAGGCCACCCUCUCCAGCUUUUUGUCUUCACAGAUGGAGAAGUUACUGACACAUCCAGGGUCAUUGAGGAAGUCAGAAAAAACAGCUCAAAGCACAGGUGUUUCUCAUUCGGCAUUGGCGAAGGCGCCUCCACCAGCCUCAUAAAAGGCAUCGCCCGGGCAUCUGGGGGCACUGCAGAGUUCAUCACGGGCAAAGACAGAAUGCAGUCCAAGGCUCUGAGGUCCCUGAAACGUGCUCUGCAGCCCGCUGUCGAGGGGGUCUCUCUGAGCUGGGAUCUGCCCUCCGGACUGUCUGCUCAGCUGCUUUCCCCACCAGAGAUGUCCGUCUUUCAUGGCCAGCGGUUAAUCAUCUAUGCCCAGUUGUUGGGGACCAUGCUGCCAGCGGAGGCAACGGGCGAGGUUUGCUUCAAGUACACAUUCCAAGGCAAGAGUGUGGAGAAUAAGGUGACGUUUCCUCUACAAAGCCAGCUGGACCCCAACUUCACUGUCCACCGCCUGGCUGCCAAGGCCUUUAUCCAGACCAAGGACAUGGGCCGCUGGGGGACGGACGAGGCGGAUGUGAAAACCAUCGUCCAAGCCAGCCUGGAGUGUGGAGUCAUGAGCUCCCACACUGCUUUCAUCGCCAUCGACAAGGCCCUCAACCAGCCAGUUCAGGGGCCUCUGGCUCAAAGGAACAUCCCAAGACCAAUGCUCUUUAGUUGCCCCACCCCACAAGCAUUAUGCUUUUCAGCUGGAUCCCCACGAAGUCGUUCUGCUAAGGUCUGUAGGAGUGGUUUUAGAGCAUUUUCUGCUCCGGGUCGGAAAAAGGCUAGCAUUUUUUGCAAGCGCCAGAAGAAAGUCUCUGAAAUAUGUACGCUUGGUAGUCAAUCUUCCCCAGAAGAUGACCUGUUGGAAGAACAACAUGCACAAGUGCCCGGGAGUGAUCAGCUCCUGGAGCUGAUUAUCCUCCAGAAGGCCAAUGGCUCCUGGGAGCUAGAUGAACAGCUGGCCGCUAUCCUCGGGGUGAGUCUGCCGGACAUGCAGACAGCACUGACUGUCAAGGACGUGGAGCCUUCCUGCUGGGCCACAAUCCUGGCAGUGACCUGGCUGAACACGAAUAGUCAGGGCCGGAAGUGUGAGUGGGAGCUUCUGGAAAGGAAGGCAGUAGCCUGGAUUCACAGCCAUGCAGGUUCUGUCCUGCAAACACUUGUGGAAGCUGCUGCUGCUUUCCUGAAGUCAUCGGUGGAUGUGGCUGUCUUUGCCCUCUGAGCGCACUGGCCAGGGCCCCAUCCACUUCAGCAUGUCUUCAUGCCUGAUGUCUACCUAGCCUGUCUCUUGUCAUCUGUGUAAAGAGUGCUGCCCCAUACUACCUCUGCUCCUGCUUCCCUCCAGAGACAAUCCUUUCCCCAGCAGGAACCCUCUACCAAGUGUUACUGGGUGAAAGUUCUGGAACAAAUACAAGGAAGUCUAUUUAGAUAGCUAUUUGCAACAAAAUUGUACAAGUCCUAGGAAGAAUAAUUAGCAAAGAAAAAGCCAAUCGAAGGAAUUCAAAUUGCAAAGGAAAUAGAGAACUACUGCUAUUUACCGAGGAAUGACGGUAAUCAUAUUCUAGAAAACCCUAAAGACACCACAUCAUGUAGGGCUUUUUCCCACUCCCAAACCUUUUCUUAUACAUGUGGUUCUUGGGUAAUACCAGGCAGUGAUCAGGGAUCACUCUUGGUGGGACCUGGGGAUCACGUGGAGUGCCAGGGAUUGAAACAGGUUAGCUGCAUGCAAGGCAUACACCUGACCUGCUGUACUAUUGCUCUGUUCACUUUAUUUUUUUAGGGGUGUCUCACUUGAUGAAUGCUAAGGGAUCACUCCUGGCAGGACUCAGGGGACAAUGUGGGGUUCCAGGGAUUAAUCCAUGUGUUGGUACAUGCAAGGCAAACACCCUGGCUACUCACCUAUCACUCCAACUUCCCUUUCCUCUACAUUUUUUAUUGUUGUUCUGGGGUCACACUCAGCAAUGCUCAGGGGUUACUCUGACUUGGCACUCAGGAAUCACUCCCAGAAGUGUGCUGAGGUCUAUGUAGGAUGCUGGGGAUCGAAUCCGGUCUGUCAUUUGCCAGGCAAGUGCCCUACCCACUAUACUAUCUCCAGCCUUUCCUCACUUUUUAAAAUGCUGUGCAUACACAUUUGAAGUGACCAUUAAGACCACUGAAAUUAUAUCUACCCUAUUAAACUUCCCUGCUUGUUGAGUGAUUUUAAAUCUCAUUUACCCUUUCUGGUUUAAAAUAAAG